GACCAAUGGACUGCAGACAUAGUACGGGAAAUGACCAGAGACUGCAGACACAGUACAGGAGAUGACCAGAGACUGCAGACACAGUACAGGAGAUGACCAGAGACUGCGGAUACAGUACAGGAGAUGACCAGAGACUGUGGAUACAGUACAGGGGAUGACCAGAGACUGCAGACAUACUACAGGAGAUGACCAGAGACUGCAGACAGUACAGGAGAUGACCAGAGACUGCAGACAUACUACAGGAGAUGACCAGAGACUGCAGACAUACUACAGGAGAUGACCAGAGACUGCAGACA